AUGUCUCCGACAGCCUUAACCGUGACGGCCCCUGCGUCCUCGGGCUACCCUGCAUCACCCGAGUCUCCCGAGCGCCGCCGUUGUUGGGAAUGUCUCCGCCGUCGCUUGGUUUGUGACGCCAUCAAGCCUGUCUGCAACAAGUGUCGAACGGCAGGGAUUGUUUGCCCCGGCUACGAUGACAAGAAACCACUCACUUGGCUUGCCCCGGGUAAGGUCACAUGUCGCACUCGGCGCAAACCUCGCAGUGGGGAAACCGACGCCGAUAGCAAGAAACCCAUGAAGCCAAAGCCGAAGACAUUGCGGAAGGGGUUGGGUAGAGUUUUGAGUGAGGAGGAGCAAAGAAUUUUUGAUGGGGUUGAAUACAUUCUUCACUCGGAUCUCAGAACCGACAUCUGUGACGUUUAUGAGGCCGUUCAGUAUUGUGAGUCAAUCUACCACGUGGGAAUCAAUUCCACCGGCUUGGGGUCAAGAGGUGUUGUCCUCGACGCCAAAAACAUCAAGCUUACUCUCUUGCCACCAGACAACGCCGUCUUCUAUCCCUACACCAGGGCUGGGCAUUCGGGCAACGCCAACUUGUUCAUCGAUCAAAUACCUCUGACGGUGGUCAAAUACCUGCCGACGUCUAUAGCACACAACCUGGUGGCUAUUGUGUUUCAACACCGGCUGCACGUGCAGAUGGAAUGGAAAUUCGACUGCCCCUCGGCCAAACACGCCCAGGCUCGUUUACACCACCAUCGCGGCAUUUCCAUCCGCGCUCUCAACGAGGAUAUUGCCAAUGCCAAGACGCAGAGCAGCGACACGGUACUGACAGGCGUCACUUUGCUUAUGCAGUCUGAGAUAACGUCAUGCAUAUCACCCAACUGGAAGCAUCAUGCCACCGGCUUUCUCGCCAUGCUCGCCUGUCGCGGAGGCGCCACAGGCUGGCUCAAGUCUGCGAGUUACUUGAGAGGUGUUCUUUUAUCCUUUUUGAUAACAAUGGUAGUUGCAAACACAACAAGCCCCUCGUUUGAUCAAGUAGAAAUUUGCUCCCACGAAGAGCUUAUCGCCAUGACGGAGGAAUUAUAUCCUCUGGGUUUGCACCCUUCCAUACCUUGUCCGAUGCCCCUCUUCUUGGAGAUCAUCCGGAUCAAUCAUCUCCGGGACCAGUUUUCGAAGGGGCUGAUCGGCAAGGAAGAAGCCGAGAUUUCGGCCGACGAGAUCAUUAGCAGGAUCAUGGAUUUCAACUCGGAAGACUGCACCGGCUUCUACGAAGCCAAAGAGCAACGUGACUUGAUUACCCACAUGUUUCAUUCGGCGGUUGCUGUAUUUGGCAUCUCCUCUCUGCAGAGCAACGGGGUUCUUCCCAACACGAGGCACCUGAGGUCGCUGAAGACGGGGCACAGUGACCGUUUGUACUGUCUGUUGGAAGAAAUGAGGAAGCACACGGUCCUCAAAAAGUCGGUACAGUGGCCUUUAAUAGUCGCCGGCGUCGAGGCAGGGAUCAGAGUAGACAAGCGACGGCUUGUGGGGGAGCUCCUCGUGGACCAGGGAAAGGACAUCGGCACGCCCCUUUCUUUCCACGCCAAGACCAUACUACGGAAGUUCUGGGACGGUACCAACACGGAUUGGGAUGUCUGCUUCGAUCAGCCUUACGCGUUGGUGGCUUAG